GCGAUAUAUUAAAAGUGAAUGACACGGAGGAGGGGGCGGCUCUGUUUUUGCCAUAUCCUUCGCGGCAGUGUGUGAUCGAUAUACAUACAUUUGUCGAAUAACACGUCAGUUUUCAACUAUUUUUCUCUUCCAUAGCCAUGUUUUUUUUAUGCACUGUCGACAUCGUCGUCGUCCAGCUACAUGGUCGCGUGUCUCUGUUCAAAUUGUGCAAGUGCCUUUGAAAAAAGGCUCAACGAUGAUGGAAAAUGUUCAACCGCUGCAAACACUCUCUAUUCAUACCAGCGAUGUAAACAGCGUUGACUUCGCUGGUGAUUGCGUCCUCGUCACCGCCUCUGGUGACAAACGUGUGAGGGUUUGGGAAUGGCAAAGUGGCCUCGGAUACAAAGAAGUUUCGUUCUCACCCUUGUUGGGUCACAAGUAUGGAGUGACCUGUGUCAAGGUCAGUCCACAAUCGACCAUGCUCGCAAGUUCAAGUAUCGACGGGACGACUCAAUUAUGGAAUCUCAGGACCGGUUCAAAAAUUCACACGAUGGUGCAAGCUGGCGGAGAGGCGGUACGGGUCUGCAGGUUUUCGCCUGAUUCAACGUUCCUGGUAACGGCUGGAGACAACGGUCAGGUAUGCCUCUGGGAUUUGGUGCGUCGAACUCUGUCGAGGAGUUUCCAGAAGCACGAGGGAGCCAUCCAGAGCGUCUGUUUCUCUCCAGAUUCCUCCUGGCUAAUAACCACCUGUACUUUUGGCGUUUUGAAACUAUUUUCCACCAACGAAUUGUCCGACUCGUGCCUUACUGACAAUCACAUGGUCACCGCUUUUGCCAGUGUCGAUGACGCCCAUGACUUGGGCGUCGUGGGAUGCGAUUUUUCCAUCUACCAGCAAGAAGCUACAGGUGAGAAUGGUCCAUUUUCGAAACUUUAUCAACUGGCAACUUGCGGAAAUGAUCACAGCGUAAAGCUCUGGGAAGUGAGUGUGAUCCAGGACAAAUGCGAGGGUCGUCCGACUACAGCGAACAUAACGCUGGUCCGGUUGCUCGAGAGGCACAGUAACGCGAUAACGUGCGUUAGAUUUAGUUCAAAUGGUCUGUACAUCGCUAGCAGCGGUCUCGACAAAACAACCGUCAUAUGGGAAAGCCAAACUGGACGGAUGGCCGCGGUGUUGGUGGGCCACAAGAGGUACGUCGCUUGUUGCGCAUUCUCCAAGGACGGAAAUCUUUUGGCAACUGGAUCGAACGACAAAUCCGUCAUCGUUUGGGACCUCACCGGAGGCCUUAACGUCGACUCGGAAAUCGUUAGGCAUUGCAGUAGAAAAUCGCACUGGACCGAGCAGAGGAAAGAGAAUACUCUCCAGGAGCACGAGUUCGUCCAGCAGGUUGAAAACUGCGCUGAGAACGAUGUCGCCUUGCUACAAAGCUUGGACGAACACGCCGGGGCUGUGAACAGCGUUGCCAUUCAUGCGAACCACAUGAUUGCUUCGGCUUCGAGUGAUAAAUUCGUGAGAAUUUGGUCCACUGACGAGAAAAAGGAUGAUAAUCCAGAUAUGGGAGAAGAGGAAAACAAUGACGAGGAUGACAUCGAUAAGAAAUUUGAAGAAAAACCAUUCAGUCCCCUCGACGCUCACAAAUACAGUGUCAACUACGUUGAAUUCAGCCCUUGUGGCAAAAUGCUCGCCUCCUGUUCCCUCGACGGCAGCACCAUCAUCUGGGACACUGAGACGGGAGUUCAGGCGAAAGCUUCCUUCAUUAAUUCUGGUUCAGCGAUCAGAGUGUGCAGAUGGUCACCGGACGGUACAAAAAUCGCGACAGCGGGGGACGACGAGAAAACGACGCUUUGGGACGUCGAGACGAUGCAGGAAAUGCGAGUAUUCGAGGGCCACGCCGAUGCGAUUACGGGAAUCGCGUUCACCCCGGACUCACGGUACAUCGUCACCGCUUGCAGCGAAGGAGCCUGGCGAAUGUUUGAUACUGCGAAUCCCACUAACCCAGCAAAUGACGAUGAAUCCAACGACGCUCUUGUCGUCUGCGAUGACGCACACGACCUGGGGGUCCAGGGCUGCGAUUUCAGCCCUGCCUCUUCAGGACCCUACGCCACGCCUGGCAUAAGGCAAUCAUCUUUCGAUGAGAACACCUUGUACUAUCUCCUGGCAACUUGUGGCAAUGAUUCGACAGUGAAGCUCUGGCAAUUGAGCGUUUCCAAAGGCCAAGAUACUUGUGAGGAAAAUGGAGACGAUGCGAAGGACCCCGAGGAGGAAGAAGAGACCGAAGAGAAGCUGGGCUCGAGCUCUAGCAAUUCGGUCAGUGGUGGAGACUCCUCCGGGGGCGAUGCUCGCUACAAAGUGAAACGGUGCCUCAUGGGACACGGUGGCAACGUCAUGGGAGUUAAAUUCUCUCCGGUGCAUGGAGAAAUUUUGGGCAGCGUUGCAACCGAUCGAACAGCCAGAAUUUGGAGCGUCCAUUCGGGUGUUUGUCUUUACGUCUUGGAAAAUCAUGAAAGCUUGGUGACCACGUGUGCCUUCUCCAGGGAUACUUCUCUCUUCGUUACAGGUGCUCUGGACAAAACCGUUCUAAUAUGGCGAAUCCCCCAGCAAUUGGUGUCCCAAAGCACUCUGAUCGACCGCUUGCGCCACAACAGAAAAAAAGUCUCGGAUUGGAAGGCGGAUGACAUUGCCAAAUGGAUGAACGAAAUUGGUCUUGCUCAGCUAGCCAAAUCUGUUCGGGGAUCUUACAUGAAUGGACGACAUUUACUUUCCCUGUCGGAAGACGAGCUCGUCUCGAGGCUCGAUAUCGAAGAGGACGAAUACAUGGCAGAAACAUUCAAGAGACAACUUUUCUGGCUGAAGCGUGAGAACAGGAGCCGUACAGAGGAAACGAGCAUAGACGAUGCGGAUAUGCCUCACGAAUUUUUGUGUCCGAUAACCCACGAAGUUAUGAGAGAGCCCGUCAAGUGUUCAGAUGGUUUCAUAUACGAAAAGGCAGCGAUAAACGAGUGGUUCUUGUGCGGCAAAUACACUAGUCCGAUGACAAACGAGCCUCUUCAUGACACAACGUUCACACCUGCUGUCGCACUGAGAAAUGCCAUUUGUGCUCUUAUACACGGCGAGAGGCCGGAUCCUUAGGCAGAAAAGGGCUGAGGAUAAUUUAUUAUUGGCUCAUUUCAAUUGAUUUUUAUUGAAAAUAAUCACGAGUCCUCUGAAAACCUUGACUCGUUAUGUGAGCACCAUAAAGUUUUGAAAAAUAGUCAAUUAGACUGUUGAAAAUGAUGGUUGGAAAUUUUGACACUUUGAAUAUCAAUACUUAACCUAAAUCAUUUGAAUUUUUUGUAUUUUUAAUGCAGGUGAGAUUAUUAAUAUCGAAAAUUUUAUUUUUUAACCAUUUAAUUGGGUCACAGUGACCCAGAAGAUCAUCCAAGGGUUACGUUUGUGUGCGUCAUAAAAAAAAACCAAAAAAGUUACAAAAUUUUAUGGAUUACACGAAGAAUUUUGAUAGGGACCAACUUAUAAUUAUUAUCAUUGAUAAUUGUUAUUAUGAUCUUGUCACAUCACAGUAUUAAUUUACUUAAUAAUUUGAUACUUGAAAAUGUUCAUUUAUAUUUUAAAUAACAAUUUUAUCAACGAAUGUAGAUUGAAAUCGUUGAUAAUGGUUUUGUUAUCUGUGAAAAUUAUUAAGACCAAGGUUAGAAAAAAAUGACAACUUUGGAGAUUCAAAAUUUUUCAAGCUUUUGAUCGUUCUGGAAAAUUCCCAAAAUCGUUUAUGUUUAAAAAAAGAAUGAGACGGUAUAGUAGAACAGCCACCUGAUGCAAUGGCAUGGUACAAUGAAAACUUUUUGAAAAUUUUAGAAACUAAAAAAUUUGACGAAAUUUUAGGACCAUGGAAACUAGAGACUAAAACAUUUCUAAAUUUUGGUGUCAAAAAUUUUGAGUGUUUUUCUAGCAAAAUAUUCUCUUAAGAAAAUCUUCAAAACGCACUUUAUUCUACUCUCGUAAAUAAUAUUGUUUGUAUAUUUCUUUAAUACUUUCCUAGAUUUUACAGUUUAAAUGGAAAGAAUAAAAGUUUUGAAUGAAAAUAA